AAUUUCCACCAAUCGGAAGUGGGCUACCCUUGAACUCGGCGGCAAACUCGAAGUUCUACAUUACGAUCACUUCUAAUUCUAACAAAAUAUUUAGAUAUUCCAUAUUUUAAUUGGUGUUUUGAGGCGGGACGAGAAUAAGAUACAAACAUGGAGCAAGAGGACGUUAUGAAGAAGCUCUUAGCGUUGAAAGAAGAGGCUACCUCGCUUCGGAGAGAGAAUAAAGCGUUGCAAAACGAUUGUCAGUUAGCAGGGGAGCUAGGAAAGACUUUACUCGAGCAAAACAAAGAAUGGGAGAAAAAAUAUCAAGAAAUGAGCGAAGAAUAUGUCAUCGCAAAAACAUCGGUAGAGGAAUUAAAGCAAGAAAACUAUAGUCUUCGUUCGAGACGGGAAGCUGAUAUACGAACUAAGGACUUCCAAUUACAAGAAAUGGAAAACGCCAAAAGACAACUUCAGAAAAAAUUCGAUGGUGAAAAGAAAGUUUUACAAUUGGAUUCCGAAAAAACAAUCAAAGAACUUCAUAAGGAUAUAAAAUCCUUAAAUACUGAGCUUGAAAAAUAUAUAAUGGUGGAAAGUCAGUUAAAGGAAAAAGUCGAACAACAGGAAGGGAUGCUUGAGAGAACCAGGGAAUACACAAAAAAGUUGCAGCUUGCAGAAGUUUUGGAAAAUGAAGUAGAUGAGCAGAGGAGGGCUUGCACUAAACUCCAGAUGGAUCGUGACGAGUUGAUAAUGGAGGUUAAUGACAUGAAAAAUGUCAUUGAAAGACAAGAGCAUCAGAACAAAACACUUGCCCAGCAACUUGAGAGCCUACAAGAAGAAUUACAGGAAAAGUCUAGACAGGCUCAGACAUGGUAUAACCAUUUACAGGAAGCUCGGGGAGAGGCAGGAGAAUACAAGGCAGAGCUGGAUACCCUAAAAGCUGAUGAGCAACUGAGAGUAAGAAGAGAGAAGGGAAACUCCCUCUUUGGAGAGGUUGAGGACAGACGACUCGAGAUGGAAAUGAAAUACACCAGUAUGAAAACCCAGCAUGAGUGUCUCGUAAAGACUCACAAUAUUACAAAGCAACACCUGCACAAAUUAAAGAACCAGGUAGCUGCCCUCCUACAGGUCAAGGGAAACCAAGCUGACACUUCUCAAAUGCAUCGUCUGACUGAGGCUCUGGCACAGAAGGAGGGAGAAGUCAGAAUGCUUACAGAGAAGAUUGUUCAACUUGAAAAACAGCAGAAUGGUCCUGAUCGCGACGUCAGGAAGUAUUUUGAAGCAUUUUCUUCAGACUUCAGCGACAAAAAAGACUAUGUCAACUUCCUGGAGAAGCUUAUUGAUGAGAACAAGAAGAAAAUUACUGAACUGAAUAAAGAGCUGCAGACAAAAGUAUUCAAUCAGUUGGCUGAAAGUGAUAGACUUCGCAGGACAGAGGGCCAGCUGCACAAUGCCGAGAGCGACCUGGAACGGGCAAAGUCCGAGAACAUGAAACUUAAACUCAGGGUGGAGGAUCUCAAGAGCAAAUUACAAAACGCACUGAAAAAUAACAAGAACCCUGACAAGGAUGUGUCUUUAUCUCAAUCUGUGCGCAUGAGCAAGACGAGGUCAGCCAUCUGCCUCAGGUCACAGAAACAACGGGGUAUACUAGACACGUCUUCCCACCACAAACAACCAUCCCAGUCUCAUUCGUCCGCCACACCCGACAAGGAGGAGACGCCCCCUAACGCGGCUCAGGAAGAAACCUCAUCAAAAAAACCUGCUCAGAAAUCUGUUUCCAAGCCCGGCAUCAAACGUGCAGCCUCCGUUGUCAUGCCUGACAGGUUGUCUAAGGCCAUUCAGGAGUUCAUGCAAGAUCAGGAUUCUAUGGAAUUGUCGUCUAGUAGGACUUGCUCUUCAACAGUGGGUGUUGACUUAGCAGAGAUUGCUGUAGAGUUAUCUCCACCGAGCGAGACACCUUCCUCCACGAGAUUCAACGAGCCUAAAGAAUUCGCUUCUGAUGAUGGCGCUUCCAGAGUGCGCUUUUCAGAUGACACAAAAGACGGAAGUAAAGGUCACGAGGACAAGGAAUGCAAUGUAACAGUUAUCAAGGAAAACUGUGAUCCUCAGGUUCAGGAGAAGACCCUAAAAAGGUCACAUAAUUCCCCUAACGACCCUGUUGUAGUCCAUGUCAGUUCCAAGACCCCCAAGAAUGAGUGUCACCAGCAGUGAAUUGUGUGCAUGCCAAAUGAUAAAAAUGAUAUUUCUUUAGCGGGGUUUUGACUCGUGUCAAUAAACAAUGUGGACACAACGGGACGCUUUGAGGACAUCCGAUUAUUAAAUACUAGCGCCAUAACAAGAAGAAGAGCAUUGGAGCCGGUUUGAGUUCACCAGAAUGCACGCGGGGCUGUCAUGGCGCCCGGACCGUGAACAACUACCAGACAUGAAACCGCUGGACAAGACUACAAGCUCAGCUAACGAACUAUAGCCAUACUGACAGAGCAAAAAAAUAGGGACCCAAAGGGUACAUGAGUCUAGGUGCCAACCAGCCUGCAUAGCUGGUGAUUAUGUCGAGUUUCAAGUCUGUCCGAGAAUCGUUCAUAAGAAGCAUUGUUCUGACUGUGUCUCUUAUGAAUUUUAUCAUAAGAAAAUACGUUUAGUAAUUUUAAAGUGAAAAGGGAAAGAAAAAAUGACGUGGAAAAAAAAUGUAAUCAAGGUUGGUCUUAAACUUCCCUGCUAGCAGAGGCCUCUUUUCUCUGUAUUUCGCUGGGCUGGAGUUCGCGAGGAACUCCAGGAGUCCUCGCGAACGCAAGCACAGCGAAAUACAGAGAAAAGGGGCCUCUGCUAGCAGGGAAGCCUUGAACCUGCGCUUCGCAAAGAUUUCGCAUUGAUAGACAGACGAUCGGACCACUAGACUGUCGUAGCUUUGCUUAAAGGUGAAGGGACUAUAAUUAGAGUCAUACUACUUAUAUACUACUUGUGUCGUAUUAUCGUUCGAAACUUUGAACAUUUCAAUUUCCACCUUUUCUUUUCGUACACAAAACUAAAAUACCCAGCACAAUCAAUUGUACUACCGUUAUAGAUGUGUGUUGUGAAUGUAAAUAAUUUAGAAAAGUGCAAAAACGUAAUUCGAUCAAUUGGUGGGGGCAAUGUGUUUGGACCUUCUCAUCUCAAAUACAAACUAUAGAACGUCGAGAUUUGAAUCGGGAAGUAAAGGACUAAAAAAGC